AUGAACAUCUAUUUGACAGUGACGCUCUGCUUAUCGGCUCUUCUAGCGAUUUCUGAUGGGGUCACAGUCACGGUGGACGACUUCUCGGUCUCCUUAGAAUCCGUGAAGCAGCUGAAGGUCCUCCUUGAUGCGGAGCCCAGGAACCCACGCUUCCGUAGCAGCCGAUACCUCACAGUGUGUACGCACCCACAGCUGCCUGCCGAGAUAGCGCCUGUUUGUUCCAGCUCCAAGGCUCCAAGUGUGUUCCAAAAGCUCGAAUUUGUUGCCCGCGAUGCAACAAUCUGCGAGAUCUGUGCGUACGUCGCUUGUUCUGGAUGCUAA